AUGACCACAGUUAAAGAGAAGAUACAGUCGUUAAAGCCUAAUGAAAAAUUUAUCUCCUUUGAAUUUUUCCCUCCUAAAACCGAUUCUGGGUUCAGGAAUUUACUCGCCAGAUUGAACCGUAUGCUGGCUCUUAAUCCGUUAUUUAUAACAGUCACUUGGGGAGCUGGUGGUUCAACCAGUGAAAAAUCCUUGGAUUUGGCUGCAACUUGUCAAAAUGACUUGGGAUUAACCACAGUGUUACAUUUAACUUGUACCAAUACCAACAAGGAAAUUAUUGAUGAUGCCUUAGCCAGGGCUAAACGUAAUGGAAUUAGAAAUAUAUUGGCAUUGAGAGGUGACCCUCCAAGAACUCAAGAAUACUGGACCCCAAAUUGUGAAUUCAAUGGCGCCGUUGACUUGGUUAAGUAUAUCAGAGAACAAUACGGUGAUUAUUUCUGUGUUGGGGUUGCGGGAUACCCCGAAGGGCAUGUUGAUGGAUCUGACGCCUCUGGCCAAGAUCCUAAGAAGGACAUGCCUUAUUUAGUUGAAAAAGUUAAGGCAGGUGCAGACUUUAUCAUCACUCAACUAUUCUUUGAUGUUGACAAGUUUAUUUCUUACGAACAAUUGUUACAAGAAUAUGAAGAAUUGAAAGAUAUUCCUUUAAUUCCUGGUUUGAUGCCAAUUACCACAUACAGAGUCUUUACUAGAGCCAGUAAAUUAUCUCAUGCCUCCAUUCCCAGGGAAAUACUAGAUGAACUUGAAAAAGUGAGCAAUGACGACGAUGCAGUCAAGACUCUUGGUGUUGAAAUUUUGAGUGAUAUAGUUAAAAAGAUUGACUCUACAAUUGGCUCGAAAAUCAAAGGGUACCAUUUCUAUUGUUUGAAUUUAGAAAAAGCCGUGGCUUCGAUUGUGGACCAAUCUGAAGUAUUGAAACCAAUUUUGGAUAUGCCUCAAGUAUCAGCUGAACACGACGAUGCAAUUGCUUCCGAGUCGGAGGAUGAAGAGCAAGCGAUACCGGCGAGUUCUACUAAGAAUGGAAUCAAUAGAAGGAAGUCUUCCUUAAUAAACGACAAUGAAGUCGCCAUUUCUCCUGCAACCAAGGAAUUAAUCAGCAAAGCUCUCUUGAAAGAUAGACAAGUCGUGGUGGACAUCAGUACUGGUAAAGGUGCAUUAGGUAAGGAUGCUACUUGGGAUGAUUUCCCUAAUGGUAGAUUUGGUGAUUCCAAUUCUCCAGCUUAUGGUGAAAUUGAUGGUUACGGACCAAACUUGAAGAUUCAUACUCCAGCAGAAGCAUCAUUGAAAUGGGGCACGCCAGAAACAAAGCAAGAUUUGACCCAAGUAUUUACUGACUAUUUAUCAGGAAAAAUAGAUGUUUUACCAUGGACUGAUACUCCGUUAUCCCCCGAAACCGCUUUGAUUCAAGAAGAAUUAUUUGAAUUGAAUAAAAAGGGAUGGUUUUCAUUAGCUUCUCAACCAGCAGUUAACGGAUGUAAAUCUACAGACAGAAUUUUUGGGUGGGGACCAAGAAAUGGUAUUAUAUAUCAAAAGGCAUUUGUUGAAUUAUUUAUUCCUAAACUGGAAUGGGAAUCUGUAUUGCUACCAAGAAUACAAUCAAGUAUUGAGAAAAAGACCAUCACCUUUUAUGCGGGAGAUAAAGAUGGCAAGAUCCAAUCUAGUUUAUUAAAUGAACCAGAUGCACGUUACACCAAGAAUGCUGUUACCUGGGGGGUGUUCCCACUGAAGGAAGUUAUUCAACCCACUAUUAUUGAUUACGAAUCAUUUAGAGCCUGGAAUGAAGAAGCAUUCUCUUUGUGGUUGCAAUGGGCAAGAUGUUAUAAGAUGAGUUCGAAAUCUUUCCAAUUAUUGAAUUCAGUCUAUACUGAUUAUGUUCUUGUUAGUUUAAUUCAUCAUGACUUCCCUGAAGAAAGCGCGUUAUGGGAUACUUUAUUAGGUGAAUAA